UUGGAUUUCGGGUUAACCUUGCCAAGUAUAUGACGGUGAGGUCAGAUAUCCCCUUGCUGUUAGUCGAAGAAAGCAGGCGUGGUACUGAAGAACCCUGUUUUCUUUGUGAAGAUUAAUUGAAAUCAAGUGACUGACCAUUAAAGUUUUGAUGAGAAAAGGUAUUUAUUGUUGCAUUAGUCUUCAUUUCCAAUAAAGUAGUUCGGAAUUCGUCAGAAUUAGGAACAGACUUCCAAGUCCCUUUAUGCUUCAGGUGUUACUGUAAAAGAUAUUAGCUGUGAUUGGCUAAUUGUAAUUCAUGAAGUUGAAUCGGGUUUUCAUUUCAGUUUCAGCACUUGAAAGAUCAAUUUUAGAUAGAUUAAAUUUUCCUGUCACAUUAUCAACAAUGGAUCUUCCACCGUUCGAUCUAUUAUGGAGUACAUCUGAGAAACUCAGUGAACUUGAGACAGCCCUUGAAGAGUUGGACCAAAGUAAACUGUUCAAAGAUGUUGGUAGACGUAGACGAAGAAGGGGACAUGGAGGCCUCUAUGGUAUGGGAUUUGAAGUAGAAGAUCGUGAUUAUUAUACACCUGUGGAAAUAUGCUGUGAUAUUGCAUUCUACACAAAUGAAGAAUAUAAAAGGCAUUUAGAUGAUCAUAUUAAAUGUCCUGUUGAAGGUUGUCCGUUUACAUCACACCAGAAAGCAAUGCGUGUUCAUCAAGAAGUGGUUCAUGUUAGUGGUUUGUUUGAUACUAUCUAUCGCGAGACGUGUGAUAAAUCUGUGAAAGUCUGGCGAGAAAGUCGUAAACGAAAUUAUCCAACUUUGGAACGAGUUGAAGCAAAAAAGAAACUUGAUGAAGAGCGCAUAAAAAGAGGUCAAAUAUUUAUGACACGUCAAUUUGGGUCCAUGAAUAAACCGAAUUCAAAUGUUCUGCGACCUUCUUCAAACAACAUCAAUGCAUCAUCAUCAUCUUCAGGAAAGGUUCUUAGUUCACCUAAUAAGAAAUCUAAGGCUAUGAAAUCAUCUAGUGUAUGCGAUCCGUCCACUACAGAUGUUAUCAACCAAGAUUCCAGUAUACGCUUAGUUCCUAUGGAUUAUGAUAGUGAAACUACAGACAAUGAUAAUCCACCUGGUAAUAAUGUAUCUUUGUGUGACUCGAAUGAAAUAACGAUAGAGUCAACGCAAAAGCCAAAUGACAACUUGAUUAACCGACGUCGUAGGAGAAGAAAACGGCAGGAAAAUAAAACUACUAUGGAUACGGUAGCAGAUGCAAAUGAUCAAAAGGAUGAACUCAUUACUAACUGUGAAAAAAACCCAUUCGCAUCACAUCCUUUAGUAAAACUUCAAGUUAAGCGAAGACAAUGCCUCAGUAAUAUCCAUCGUAUCCAUAGUCGUCCCACUCUGCUGCAGAUGUUGUUGGCUGAAGAUAUUCGUAAAGAACGCAAUCAACUUAUGCAAUGUAUUCGAUAUAUUGUGAACGAGAAUUAUUUUCAAGAAUAGUAAUCAUCCAAUGAACCUGUGAUAUAAGUUCAAGAAACGAACGAAUAAAUCAAGAAGUCUUGUGUAUACUCUCAGCAUUAUCACAUUUGUAUAUUGUAUAAAGAAGGUAUUCUGUGUA